AUGGCUGGCUACCACCGGAGUCCUCUGUCCUCCUGCCGGUCCUCCCAGCUCAGCAGUAGCAGCAGCUAUACAUACAAAAGAUUGUCUCUUGGAUCUGUGGGCAACCAUUUCAGCCUGGCUGAUGUUUCCCGGCAGUGCAAGGACCUUGUAGCACGGAUCACAGACAAACAUUCAGAUGAGUUGUACAGCCAGGAGAGACACCUGCUGCAGCUGGUCGUGUGUCUGCAGCAGCUGUCGACAGCUUGCAGUCUGUGGGCGCAGCCGUACGAGGGGUGUGGGUCGUCCAACCUCACAGAGCUGCUACAGCGUCUAGUGUCUCAGCUCCGGACAGUCAGCGGCCAUGUUGCAAUGUUUAUACAGCCAGGAGAGACACCUGCUGCAGCUGGUCGGGUGUCUGCAGCAGCUGUCGACAGCUUGCAGUCUGUGGGGCAGCCGUCUGAGGGUGGGGUUGUCCAACCUCACAGAGCUGCUACAGCGCCUAGUGUCUCAGCUCGGACAGUCAGCUGCCAUGUUGCAAUGUUUAUACAGGGUUGUGAAAAUGAACUACGUAGUAUGAUUCAAGAGUCGGGGACGAAGAUCAUCGACAGUGUCAUCAAGAUGUGUCGGCAGUGUGGGGAGCUUGCACUGGUCACGGACACUCACAUGACAUCACUUGAUGUCCAAGGGGAUCAUAGACAACAGCAGCUGGCUCAUGACAUCUGCCAGGCGUUCCUGUCUGGGGGAGACUCGUAUGUAGACAGGUCUCUCCAGGAUGGCGUUCAGUCCCUCGAGGAGACCGAGUGUCAAGCCCAGACACUGGCAGAUAAGGCAGUCAAAAGUCUGAAAUAUGGUGAUCUACCCCAGCAUGUAGAAAUCGUUGUUUCCAUCAACAAAGUUUUGCUUCAGAAGUGCCAAGAAAUUCAGAUUGAGCUGGACACAAGCAUGCGUGACAGUUCUGAUGCUCACUCACCACACUUCUACCACACAAGCUUUAGACGAUCCCAGGCCCUCCUGUCCCAUAUCAACAGUUUGGUGGACACAACCAGUCUCCUUGUUCAGUCGGCUGUGUCCGUAUUAGAAGAGAGCAGUGGCGGUGAUGUCCGGAGGGUGUACCGAUGUGCAGAGCUCAUACAGAAGGCUUCUACAAGGCUGCUGAGCUCUGCAGGAAGACAACCUCUGAAGGAUUCAGAGUCUGACCUUGAAGAGAUGUCUGUUCUCUCGGACUCUCAAGCCGAACAGUUAGAAUAUGCUGGACAGGAAGUGAGCUCUGCAACGACCUCUCUCAUGGAGAAUGUGUCAAAGUUCAUCAGUGCCGAUAAGUGGACAAUAUCACCAGGUCGCGGGAAGAGGUUGCUACCAAUAUCUCCGGAGAAGUCUCCAAGUGGGUCUGUGCCAGCUAGAUGUGUCUCAGUGAAGAAAAACAUCAUUCUUGUCAAUAGUGCUAAGUCAUGAGAUUUGUGGAGAAAUGAAAAUACAAACAAAAUGAAAACCAGUAUGGUGUUUUAUCUAAAUGGUUCCUAAAUGCAACUAUUCCACAGAUGAUGAUGGUUAAUGUCAUGAAAUAAUCUCUUUUAGAUUCAAAACAACUGAUGAUUUUUAUAAUAUAGAUAUAUGAACCUCCAUGACUAACUAUUAACAUGAUCAAAUCAUGUAGGGAAAUAUUUUACAUGUAUAUAGUUACCAAUGACGACAACUGAAACAUUCUUGGGCAUAUUUCAUGACAUGUAUUUUGAAAGACGUAGUAUUUUUAACAGUUGUCUUGUUGAAAUUGGCAUCCUUGUAAAUUUAAAUCUUUGGUGAGAAUAUUCUAUGAGUGCCCAUAUUGAACAUACUACCUACAACAUACCUGGCUGCCUACACUGCUUAUAAGCAUGUUUUAGUGUAAUGUACACCAGGUUCAUGAUAUAUGAGGUUGUGAUAAUCUAUAUGAAUAAGGUAUAUUGGGAGAACAUGAGUAUAGCCUGACGGAGCAGGGCCCUGUGAGGUCAACCGGCCAUCAGUGACCAGCAGUGACCACUUAUACAUUAAAUUAGUACUGCAAUGAUUAACCCAGACCUCGAUUCGAUUUGAUUUUCGAUAUUGGAAUUUGAUUCGAUCAUUUUCGAUUAGAUACUUCAUACAAGUAAAAACAUCAGAUUUCAGUUAACUCUCAGAGUCAGCUUUUUUAGCGUGAAAUCCAUCGUCAACUUGGCGAUGUCUGCUAGCAACAAUUCUUUGGAUAAUUAACCCGGUGUCAACCAGUCACGUUUCGCCUUAUUUCAGCGCUCGAGUUGGAGUCAAAAUUAUGUUCUAGCUGUGUGGAAAAAUUUAAGUACCUGUAGGUAUUCAAAUAUCGAAUCGAAAUAGUGAUAAUGGUUAUCGAAAAUCGAAACUAAGGUGUCAGAUCCGAUUUUCGAUGAAUCAAACUGAAUUGUUGCAGCCCUAUAAAUUAGCAUGAACAAUUUUUUACCAGCGUUUUGUCGGUCAUGCUUGCUAUCAGAGGUAGUGGGUUAAAGUGGUAAAUGGUCUUUGUUCUGUGUUUGGUAGCUGCUUGGUAGGAAAGUGCAAUAUGUAGUAAGCUGUAUUU